AUGCCUGAAGAGAAACAUAAAUUAUCUAAUAUUCGUAAUAUCGGUAUCGUGGCACACAUUGAUGCUGGUAAAACUACUACCACUGAAAUUAACCUUAUCGAUACUCCUGGUCACGUGGACUUUACAGCAGAGGUGGAAAGAUCUUUGCGAGUGCUAGAUGGAGCUGUAGUAGUCCUAGAUGGAAGUAAGGGAGUGCAAGCUCAAACCGAAACUGUUUGA